AUGAACCAUUUGGAUCAAAUCAAUAAUUUAAAAGUGAAAAUAACCACGUUGUUAGAUGAAUCUAUAACUGGGGUUGUUUAUGCCUGUUCGUCGUCUCAUUCAGUAUUAGCAUUAAGAGUUAGCAGUAACACUGGGAAAAAUAUCCAGAACCAAAAGGCAGAGACGUAUAGGUUUUUCAAUGCUCAAUUCAUUAAGUCAAUGCAACUAAUAUCUCCAUCACCUAAAAAACAAGGUAAGAACACUAAUCAAAACCUGGCACCUAUAUAUCCGAUAUCGAUCAAGGAAAUUGAAGCAAAGUUGGAAAAGUCUCUUCAACCCCCUAAUGGGAAUCUGAAACAAGCCAGACCCAAUGCUCCUCCUAUAGCCAUAAGAUUAUUUGAGACUUUUUCAAAGAAGUACGGCCUGAAAAAUGUCCAGUGGAAAGGAUCUGAUAUCAUAUUAUUUAAUGAAAUCAAAUCGUCUAAACCAUAUACUUUGAGCAAGGGUAAUUUGACUGAGCUCACUAAGGGUUCAAAAUAUCUUCCAGAUGUUCAAAAAACCUUAAAAGAGAUAUGGUUAGAGCUUGAUAACGAAAAAAGAGGUGGUUAA